GAUGACAUUACAGUCGAAACAAGAUGGACGAGAGAAAAUGAACAGAGCUAUUUUUCCACAGGGCUAAAUAAACAUGGACACACGCCAGAGGAGUGUGGAUGUGACUGGCUGUAUUCAGAUGAGUUAAUCUUUACCUCUUCUUGUCUGCCAGGCAUGUAACAAACAACGAUUCGGACGUUGUGCUUCUUAGCGUACCGUAGUACUUCAAGCGUACCGUAGUACUUCAAGCCUGCCGGAAACGCGUUAGAAGAAGAAGACUCGGGCGGUCCUGGAACGUUGAACGAACAGUUUCUGUAAGCUUUGGCUCAUGGAAAGCUGAGAUAUUAAAGAAACUUGGCUUCCUUAGACUGUGCUGUAGCCAUGAAGACGGAGAUGGGGAGGAGGAGAGCAGUACAGUCAGUCCUCUGACCUGUCUGUCUGCAUGGAGGAUGUGGUUCUGCACUAUCAGCCUGAAUCAACAGAAGUGCUCAGCUCUCUGUUAGAGAGGACAGAGAAGCUUCUCAAGCCUUUUCCUUGUCGUACUUCUCCUGUCUUUACGUCCUGGUUUCCCCUCACAACUUCAAUCCAUCGGCUGCCCAUCAGACCUGCCAAACCAGCUCCCCUUAUCACCGUCUCAGACAGUCCACUUGUUUCUCACAGCAGGCCAUGCAUUCUCACAACACUGAACACAGCACUCGCAGGAAACCAGUUAAAAAACCCUGAAGGUGACGACUGUGUUGCUGGGAGAUGCCAUAAUCAUCCACCUUCAACAAGUCCACCUGAAAAAGUAAAGAUAAGAGAAGCUGCCUGCUGUGUCUUAGAAAAGUCAAACCAUCACAAACCAGAGAGAGGGGUCACCAGACUGUCACCUGAAAAACCCCCACUUAAAGUCAAAGAUGAUGUCACUGUCACAGACUCUCCUGUCAGUUGCUCCUGGAAUGUGUUCACACAGAGAGGAAUCCUGCACCGAGGCUCCCAGUCACUGUCCAAACAGUUUGGGCACAUGGUGUCAGUCCACAGGCUCCACCUCCGCCAGAGAGCCAAAUGGGUUAUUGCUGAGCACAACUGUGGAGCAACCGGGGACAUUGAACAGGUGUGGCGGACUCUGAAUCGUUCUGUCAGAAGCACAGGGCUUCCAACAUGCAACGCCAACAUCCAAAGAGAUCAGGCAGAGAUCUGGGUGUUCUGCGAUAUUCUCUGCUCUGAGCAGGUGGGACAUUUCCUGAAGAAUGAGCUGCAGCUGUCGGGGAAGAUUGUCCUCUCAGUCCCCAGAAGGGGAGAUGUUCUCAGCAUGUAGAUGUUUACAAACCUUUUCUUUAGGGAGCCUUCCUAACCCAAAAAAACCUUAGUAGGUGAAGGCACAUUGUAAUCCUUGAUAUGUAAUGCAUAUGUCAGUACCUCAUAGAACCACACAUAAAAAAAACAACUAAACUAUCACUUUAACAUGGGACACAAGAAACCUAGUUAUUGGUUACAGCAAUAUUGUUAUAACAUGAUCAUAAGCCUGCCUCAUUUAAUACCGAAGUUUUUAAAACCCAGAAUGAAAUUGUUCACACAUCAGCUGAAGGAUUUCUGAGAAGUAAAGAUGCCGUCAAACCAGACACAUCUCUGAAAGUUGGGUUUAGUCAGGAAACAAAAUCAAGUGUGACAUUUUAAAUGAGUUGAUUUGUGUGUGUGUGAAAUCUGUCUUGGACUUUAGCUUCCCUUGUCUUUUUAUUACUUCACCCCAUGGAGUGGGAGUAAAGUAUUGUUUUUGGUGGCUCUGUCUGUCUGUGUGUGUGUGUGCUUCCACACUUGCUUGCAAUAUGAGCAACAGAUAAACCCUGAUAAUAACCUUCAAACAUUUAUUCAACAUCUCUAAGUUUAGCAGCAGAUAAAUAAAUAUUUUAAAGACACAACAUGGUACAAAAAUAUAUUUUAAUCACUUGCAUAGCUUUUUUACAUUGGUCUUUCUGAUUUUAAUAAAUGCAGAACUGCAUGGGAAUUGUAUGAGUUAAUUUAUUAUUGAACUGAAAGAGAGAGAAAAAAAAACUGGUUAUGAAUAUUUAUACUUUUGAAAACAGAUGAUUGACAUAUUGUCACUACUGAUGAAAAUAAAGGUUUGGCAUUUUUAUUGAA